AUGUGGCAAAUAAAACGAGCAAGGGAACAUGCGAAAAAUGUUGGUCCAGGGACACCAGUUGAGAAAGUGCAUCGCCAUCGCAUUCGCCUCAACAUGGCUAAAGUUGAUCAUUUUGUCAGUUUUAUCGACAGACCAUACUUUUAUCAAGAUACUUCCUAUGGUACAAGGAAAUUAAGUUUUGAUAGCGGUGAGAAAAUCAUCAUUCCAAAC